AGCACGUUUUCUCAUGAGCGGAUAAAGAUAACUCCAUCCUCAUGGUUGUCCACCAGAUACUGACCAGUACUCGCUGGUCGUGAGAAAUUUACUCAAAUUCCUUUUAGAAUCUCGCAAAUUGAAUUAGUAUCGGGCCUUGAUCUGCGAAGAUUCAGGUGAUGGUACACCGCUUAGAAUUCCGGCAUCUCCAUGUCGACGGUGUUCAUCAUCAUCUUCUAAAGAAAGUUCCCCUCUCCCUUAUUCAUCGUCACUGAUUUCUCCCCUCGGACGCCCCCUUCCCCACUCCCGUUCGUUCUUCUUCUCUUCCCCGCAAUUUCCCGGGCCGACGGCGACGGGGGCGGGGGCGGGGCGCAUAAAGCAAAGGGCAACUGCCUACUGGCACUGGAUUAGCGCCGAUUAAUUUCCUCUUUUGUUGGUUCCUCUACUUCCGCGCGCAAGAUCGGCCUGAGGCGAGGCGGCUAAUCUUGUCGGAAAAUCGAGGGUCCAACUGAAGCCGAUAUGCCCAACGUCAAGUCCGCCGCUGGUGCCGGUGCCAUCCCUGCCGGAUCCUCCGGCGGCGACGGCGAGGUGGAGGCAGGGUUUGCCAAGCUGCAGGGUGAGGAUUUCGAGUACUACAUGCAGACCUACUCCAUCAUGCUGGGCCGCAACAGCAAGAAAUCCACGGUGGAUGUGGAUCUCUCCAGCCUCGGUGGGGGGAUGAACAUCUCGCGCCACCACGCGCGGAUAUUCUACGACUUCCAGCGCCGCCGCUUCGCGCUUGACGUCAUCGGCAAGAACGGCUGCCUGGUUGAGGGUGUCCUGCACCUCCCUGGGAACCCUCCUGUUAAGCUUGACUCACAGGACCUCCUUCAGAUUGGAGACAAGAAGUUUUAUUUCCUCUUGCCCACGAGGUCUAUCUUUGCCUCGUUCGCUGCUCGGCAAGCCCCUGUUAUUCCUCCACAGAUCCCACCGCCAGCUUAUGCGCGGCCAGGGCACCCUCGUGUGUCCGAUUUCCAUGACCGCUUCUCUGAAGGUGAUUAUGGCCGGGACAGUGAUGACAUUGGGAAUGGUGUUGGGGAAGGUGGAAUGAAGGGCAAGCUGAAGAGAACCAAGAAGUCUCCCGGAGAUUUGGACAUCUAUGGUGGGCACAGAAUCAAUGUUGAAGCAAUAGGAACAUUGGGUGAAGACAAUAGAUCAGAAAUAAGAUCAAGGGGUGACAAGGAUGUGGACAACCAGCACCUUCAAACGGAAGAGAAGGAAGUCGUGUCAUCUGUUGCGACUGUGUUAUCUGACCUCUGUGGCCCCGGAGAAUGGAUGCCUAUGAAAACACUCCAUACAGAGCUUAUGGACCAGUUUGGCAACGUGUGGCACCACAGCAGGGUGCGGAAGUACCUGACGGCGGACGACUGGUCGGUGAUAGAAGCCAAGGGGAGGCCAUGGUACGGGCUGCUGGGGCUGCUCAGGAAGUACCCGGAGCACUUCGUCAUCAACACGAAAUCCAAGGGCAGGGCGAUCUCGGAGUUCGUCUCGCUGGUUUCCUUGCUCUCCUGACCAGCGAGGUGAGGCUGUCUCCAAAGCUUUGCUUGGGUUUUGUUCCGCAUCCUUGCCGUCGCCGUCGGUCGGUCGGUUCGUUCGUGUCUGGAAGGUCGAGUGGCGUCCUGAUUUGCCUCUGCAGUUUUGCAUCAGUUAAAUGAACUUUGCUGUAAUGUACUGUACACCUGGCUGGUUUCUUCCGUGUUUUUACCUAUACCUCUGUAGUGUCGAGAAUGUUAUGCGGAAACAGGACUUAUAAGGGUAGUUUUCAGUUCGCGUC